CACAUCGAACAUACAAACAAACAUAACCUACGAACAUACGCUCUAAAAACACGUGUCAAGUAGUGUUCUGUGCUUCCAUAUUUACAAAUAAAAUAGAAUAAUCAAUCAGCCAUCCCCACAAAACAACUGUUCCCUAAUAUGACCGACGUAAUAAAAAAACGCAAGAGAGUGUCGAAGAAAACCAAGAAAUCUUGGCGUAAACACGUGGAUACAAAGGACGUGGACUCCUUCCUCGACGAUUCUAGGCUAGAAGAGCGGUUAGGAACACCCUUCAAAAAGCGAGCCGACACAGAUUUAUUCCUCAUCGACUCCACCCCAAACGAAGACCUAAAGACUGUCAUCGACACAAAAGCAGCGUACAGAGAGGCAUUGAGAAAUAGUGAACCCAAGUGUUACGCAGCUCUGAAACCGCAUACAGCAGUUCCAGAUCCAAUUUCAAAGCGUAAUCGAGUUAAAACACCAGAGGAACGCAAGAAUCCAAUCACUAAGAAAUUUGAACAAUUGAGAAAACUCAGUGGGAAAUUAACCUUAACAGAAAGACUCGCUGUGAAGAACCGGAAACUCGCAGAAAUAAAACGUAAAAAUCGUCCAAAAAGGGAUGAGUUCAAAGAAGACAUUUGGGAUGAUGAACCUAAGAAGAAAGUUCUUGGAGAGAUCGACACUCAGUGGUUGACCGCGGAUGCUGUUCGUCACACUUUGAUCGCCGAGGGGAUUGGCAAGAGGCGUGUUCCAUUGGCAGUGCACAGGAAACAGUCCGAAGUACCGAGCAUUGAGGUUCCACAUCCAGGAACGUCUUACAAUCCAUCUUAUAAUGAUCAUCAGUCUCUCCUUCGAGAAAUUGCUGAUAAAGAGUUGAAAUUGAUGAAGGAAGAGGCACAUCUUGAGAGAGUUACAACUAAAAUGUUCAACAAGGUUUCUCAGAAGGAGAAGGAUGAAAAUUGGCUGAAGGAUGCGUCUGAGGGUCUGCCACUGCCUCAGGACGUAGAAGCCAAAUCUGAACCUGAGGACGAUGAGGAUGUUGACGUUAAACCUGCCAAGUUACCAGUGAAGAACGUGAAGAAGACGAGGGUGCAGAGGAGGAAGCAGAAGGAGCAGAGAAAACUGGCUCUGGAGUUGAAGGCGAAAAAGGUUGAGAAGAAGAAAAUUGGGGAUAUGUAUAAGCUGAAAUCGAUUGAGAAGAAUAUUCAGGGGCAAGAGAGGAAAAAUCAGGUUUUGAGGGAAAUGAGGAAAAAGGCGGAGGCGAGGAAGGCAAAGGAGCCCAAGGUGCUGAGUAGAACCAAGUUUGAGCCUGCUGAGGAGGCGUUCAAGCUGGGACUCGAGCUCACUGGUAACUUGAGGGGGUCAGAACCUGUGGGUAAUCUGCUGAAGGAAAGGUUCAAGUCGAUGCAGCAGAGAAAUAUCUUGGCGCCUGCCAAGUUGGUUCUGAAACGCAACAAGCCGAAGGUCAAGAAGUUUAUUAAGCCUGAUCACAAAAUUACGGUACCUAGUAAUUCAAAAUAAACUUUGUCUUGGUAUGAAAUAGGAAAAUGUAUAAAAAUAUUCACUUUAAAUACAAUGUUUUAAAGGAAA